AUGUAUUUCCUCACAGGAACGAGCAAGCUCGUCAACCGGUCUUCGAUCCCGGCGGGCGUCAGCAAGGCGGCUGCCAUAUCGCUGCUGCACGACCACGACUUCUUCUUCCAAUGCGAGCCGCACUACGUGUCGCAUCGAGCCCUGCCUUCUUCCUCUUCUUCUUCUUUUCCCUCCUCUUCCUCCCCCAAUACCACCACUAUCAGCGGCGGUUCCGCCACGACCGCGUACCAGAUCCCGCGGGACGUGCAACCGGUCGGGGACCCGGCGGUCCGGGUGUACGAGGUGGUGGACCACGUGCCGAACCCGGUGUGGAGCUCGAGCGUCGUGAGCACGGAGGAGUUCGUCGACCUGGCCGACGGGUUGUGGGUGCGGAUCCGGAGCCCGCUGGCGGUGGUUAUGGAGACUAGGUGGACGAUACGGGAGAGGAGGGAGGAUGGUAAGGGAAGGGGGGGAGGAGAGGAGGAGAGGGAGGGAGAGGGAGAGCUGGAGUUGGUAGAGGAUGUCACGAUAAGUUGCUCGAAGCUGCUGAUGGGGAUCGUGAAGAGCCAGGUCGAUUCGAAUUGGAGGGAGAUACAUAGGCGGAUUGCGGCGAGGUUGGUGGAGGAUGCGAGGAAGGAGAGGGAGGCGGGGAAGGCUGGGAGAGGGGAAGGGGAAGGAAAGGAGUAA